AGAUCUUUUUUAAGCUAAGUGGCAACAGCUAUUGCACAGCUGAUUACAAACAACCAAUUGUAAUAAUGUCGAAAAUAUUUGGAUUUGCAGCAAAAAAUACUUUGCGUAAUACUCGCUAUGGAGCGACUCAAAUUGGUCAACAUGCGACUCGAACCUACAUGGCCAUGGGGACCCCAAUAUCGCAUAAUGCGCCAUUUCUGAUAACCCAAAGCCUACUUCAACAGCCGGCUAUUACACCAUUGAGCAUGAUUGGAAAACGCAACAUGUUCAUACAGACACAGGAUACACCGAACCCAGACAGCUUGAAGUUUUUGCCUGGUGUUGAGGUACUCGGCAAGGGUAAUACAUAUGAUUUUCCAACUGGCUCGAGUGCUCAUUGCAGUCCCCUAGCCAAGCUUUUGUUUCGUGUCGAAGGCGUGCGUGCUGUUUUCUUUGGAGCCGAUUUCAUAACAAUUUCAAAAGAGGAGAGCGCCGAGUGGAGUCUCAUUAAGCCAGAGGUGUUUGCUGUCGUCAUGGAUUUCUUUGCCAGUGGCUUGCCCAUUUUACACGAAGCUCGUCCCAAUGCCGAUACAGAAAUUUCGGAUGAUGACGACGAAACGGUUAUGAUGAUCAAGGAGCUGUUGGACACACGUAUUCGCCCAACAGUACAAGAGGAUGGUGGUGAUAUUGUUUUCAUGGGCUACGAAAAUGGUGUAGUCAAGUUAAAAAUGCAGGGUUCAUGUUCAUCGUGUCCAAGCUCUAUUGUAACACUGAAAAACGGUGUGCAGAACAUGUUACAAUUCUAUAUACCCGAAGUUGAAUCGGUGGAGCAAGUUUUUGAUGAUGCUGACAGAAUGGUGGAUAAGGAAUUUGAACGUUUUGAAAAGAGCUUGAAACAGAAAGAACCAGCCGAUGUUUCCGCAAGCAAAUAGUUUACUUUAAUUGACUAAAUUAUGCGUUACUAUACUUAGUAUGUUGUUAAAUAUAUUAAUUAAAAUGUUAUCUUGAUGCUAACCUUA